CAGACGAUGGGACUCAAGUCCAGGAAGGCAGCAGCUGGCGGCGGGGAGGGAGAGGAGGAGAAAGUAGGACUUGCGGCUGGGGAUCUGGAGCAAGGGGCCUUGGGAGCUGGGGCGGAUAAAGAUGGGACCCUGCUGCUGGAAGGCUCCGGGAAGGAAGGCGGGGGGAGGAGGAAUCCGCAAGGCAUAGGGCUUUUGGCGAAAACCCCUCUGAGCCGACCUGUCAAGAGGAACAACGCCAAGUACAGGAGGAUCCAAACUUUAAUCUACGAUGCCCUGGAGAGACCCAGAGGGUGGGCGCUGGUGUAUCACGCCUUCGUAUUUCUCAUCGUUCUGGGGUGUUUGAUCUUAGCCAUCCUAACAACGUUCAAGGAAUAUGAAACAGUUUCAGGAGACUGGCUGCUGCUGUUGGAAACAUUUGCCAUUUUCAUCUUUGGAGCAGAAUUUGCCUUAAGAAUCUGGGCUGCUGGGUGUUGCUGUCGCUAUAAAGGAUGGAGGGGGAGGCUCAAAUUUGCCAGAAAGCCUUUGUGUAUGUUGGAUAUCUUUGUGCUAAUUGCCUCUGUGCCGGUGGUAGCUGUCGGGAACCAGGGCAAUGUUCUGGCAACAUCGCUCAGAAGUCUGCGCUUCCUUCAGAUCCUACGGAUGCUCCGAAUGGACAGGAGGGGAGGCACAUGGAAGCUUUUGGGAUCAGCCAUUUGUGCACAUAGCAAAGAGCUCAUCACUGCUUGGUACAUCGGGUUCCUGACACUUAUUCUCUCCUCAUUCCUUGUUUACCUGGUCGAGAAAGAUGUGCCUGAAAAGGAUGCCCAUGGAGUCGAGAUGAAAGAGGAGUUCGAAACCUAUGCAGAUGCACUGUGGUGGGGGCUGAUUACUCUAGCAACAAUUGGCUACGGUGACAAGACCCCCAAAACUUGGGAGGGGAGGCUGAUAGCAGCCACGUUCUCUCUUAUUGGAGUUUCAUUUUUUGCUCUUCCUGCCGGCAUCUUGGGGUCAGGGCUAGCUCUAAAAGUCCAGGAACAACAUCGUCAGAAACAUUUUGAGAAAAGAAGAAAGCCGGCAGCCGAACUUAUUCAGGCUGCCUGGAGGUACUAUGCUACUAACCCCAACAGGAUGGAUCUCGUUGCCACCUGGAGGUUUUAUGAAUCAAUUGUAUCGUUUCCAUAUUUCAGAAAAGAGCAAUUGGAUGGUACUGCUAGCCAAAAGCUGGGUCUCUUGGAUCGGGUUCGUGGUACCAAUACUAAAGGAAAGCUAUUUACCCCUCUGAAUGUAGAUGCCAUUGAAGAAAGUCCUUCUAAAGAGCCUAAGAAUGUUGGCUUGAAUAAUAAGGAGCGUUUUCGCACUGCAUUCCGAAUGAAAGCAUACGCCUUUUGGCAAAGCUCAGAAGAUGCAGGGGAUCCCAUGACUGAAGACAGGGGUUAUAGUAAUGAGUUCCUCAUGGAAGAUAUGAUCCCCACAUUAAAGGCAGCUAUCCGAGCUGUCAGAAUACUACAGUUUCGUCUCUAUAAAAAAAAAUUCAAGGAGACUUUGAGGCCUUAUGAUGUAAAGGAUGUGAUAGAGCAAUAUUCAGCAGGGCACCUUGAUAUGCUUUCCAGAAUAAAAUACCUUCAGGCAAGAGUAGAUAUGAUUUUUACCCCCGGACCUCCAUCUACUCCCAAGCAUAAGAAAUCCCAAAAGGGAGGAGCUUUUUCUUUCCCUUCACAACAGUCUCCCAGAAAUGAUCAAUUUAUAGCCAAAGCAUCCGCAGCAGAUACAGAAGACCAAAGCAUGAUGGGCAAAUUUGUUAAAGUUGAAAGACAGGUGCACGAUAUGGGGAAGAAACUGGAUUUUCUAGUAGAUAUGCACAUGCAGCAUAUGGAGCAGCUGCAAGUACAAGUCACUGAGUUGUGUCCAUUGAAAGAAGCUGCCUCUCCUACAGAAGAGAAGAGAGAGGAAAACAGAUACUCUGAAUUGAAAAGCAUAAUCUACAAAUACUCAGAGCCUUGCACUCAUGAAACUCCUUAUAACUUCCACCAGGUUCCAGUACACAAAGUCAGUCCAUAUGGUUUCUUAGCACAGGAUCCAAUGAAUUAUUCACUGCCUUUUUCAUUAGGUGGGCAAAACUCUGGCAAGUUGCAGGCCAGGCCUUCUUCGACUUCAUAUGCUGAAAGGCCAACAGUUUUGCCUAUACUCACUUUAAUUGACUCCCAGGUUAGAUACCGGUCCCAAGGGGACUUGCAAAGCCCCAGUUCUGACAGGAUAUCUCCAAGGCAGAAAAGAAGCUUGACAAGAGACAGUGACACCCCGUUAUCCCUUCUCUCCGUCAACCAUGAGGAACUUGAGCGCUCACCAAGUGGAUUCAGUAUCUCCCAAGAUAAAGAUGAUUUCCCUUUUGGUCCAAACGGGGGAUCCAGCUGGUUGAGAGAGAAACGCUACCUAGCAGAGGGUGAAACAGAUACAGAUACUGACCCGUUUACACCAAGUGGCUCCAUGCCUCUGUCUUCAACAGGGGAUGGGAUUUCAGAUUCAAUAUGGACCCCUGCAAACAAGCCGGUUUAAAAGUGGUUGGAGAGGGGGGUCACUGGUUGACUUCUCCAUGUGAUGUAAACAUACUUUGUAUAUCUCACUUACUGUACACCCAAAGCUUACUAGUUCAAAACACCAAUGGCUGCAUAAGAUGCAUGUGAUAUUAGUGGUAGUCAUUCUGCACCAUUUCAUACAAUUUACUAAUGCAGUUUUUUUCAUGCUACCAAAACUAAGCAGCGUAGUUUUGAGCAUGGUUUGCAUGACUUUACACUAUAUAAAUGGUCCAGCUAAUUUCUUCUGUGAAACAUAUCUAUCUGAUGUUCUUCACUAUAAUGAGGGUUAGAGCAACGCCAGGCAAGACAUGAUGGCUCAUGCUACUUUUUGUAAACAGAGCAACAAAGAGAAAAUAGUUUCAAGAGCAAUGUUCAUAUGUGGAAAUAUAUAUAAAUUAUCAGAGCCGUAUCAAUGCCCCAUUUUCCAAUGCAAGUGAGUAAAUCUCUAUCCAAACUAGCCAAAAUCUUUCAGGAUUUUUAGCAGGGAGAAGGUCAGGUCAAAGUAUAUUACUGAUUUAACAUAAUUUCUGUAGCUGAAAGACUUCUCUGUAUCCUAUCAUACAAGUAUCAGUGUAUCAAAUGCAGUGUAAGAUGGAAAUUAGGGACAGUUUUGAGAUUUGCAAAGCUACGUGGAAGAAGUGGAAAUAUGUAUUUCAUUAAUGCAAGUUCCAAAUCUACAUCCCCUUGACUGCUGCUUUGAAAAUCUUGCUCAGAGGUUAUAAAACCACCACCAGAGUGAUUAUAAUCAAUCUUAGUGUGCAGAAAAUAGCUUGCUAGUUCUAUUUAUAUGUAAUAGCCCCAAACUUCCUACCUUGAUUGAUACAAAACAAAUAGCUGCAAAAGAAAGUAUCUUGAAUGUAGGGAGCUCCUGGCUUUUAUUCAUAGCUCUUUUACUGACUCAAGUCAUGUUGGGCAAGUCACAUAAUGGCUCUGUGCCUCAGUUUCCUCAUCUGUAAAAUGGGGAUGAUACUUCCCUACCUCACAUAGGGGUGAAGGCUCAAUUCAUUGAUGUUUUAAAGCAGGGGUCGGGAACCUUUUUUGGUGGAGCUACCACACACUGUUCCCUGCUGCAGCCACAUUAUUGAAGGAAAGGAGUUCUGGAGCUUGCCCAGAUGAAGCCAAGCCUUCCUCCCUAAAGGCACCCCAUGCAGGGAAGAGGUUGAAGGGGCUUCUCUUCCCUCCUAGUCCUGCAAAGGAUUCCCCCCCCCCCCCGGCCGCCUUCUCUCCAGUCCCACAUACCUCCUUAACUGUUAAGGAGGCAUUGCUGGCAACAUGUCUCCAGUUUUCCAGAUGCUGUUCCCUGCUGCAGCCAGCCUAUUCAGAAAAGGGGUGCAGAGGUGGGGGGUGGGGAAAGCUGGCUCCACUGUGGCCUCCCCUUCUUCUGAAAAGGUGCCCCAUGCAAGGAAGGGGCUCGGGCUUCCUUUCCCUCCCACUCUGGGACGGUCCCCCCCUCUGGUCCCACAAGCCUCCUUGCCAGCAAAACUCCUUUUGCUGGCAGCCUCUGCAGCUGCCCGAGCCCAGGAAACAGCUCCAGCCUUUUUUCUGCUGCCACCUCACCAAAACGCCACAGGGCUCCUCCAGCACAUGAGGCUUCUCUUUCCUGCCAAAUCUCCUGCGCGCGCCUCUCCCAUGUGCAGAAGAGGAAUCAGAAGUAUCCGGCCAUGCUGCAGUGGAGGUGGGGGGAAGUUUUUAAAGCAGCCCCCGGAACUCCCUGCAGUGUUUCACGGCUGCUGGACUCCCUCCCCAAGGGCUGGAUUAAACUGGCGGGCUGGAUCUAGCCAUGGGCCAGAGGUUCCCCACCCCUGUUUUAAUGCCUAUUGAGACUCUCAGAUGUAAGGCACAUUAGGAGUGCGAAGUCCAACAAACUGUUCAAGGGGAGUUCCAUGUUCAGGUUGUUGGCAGGAUGUUGUGUAAACGGACCAAUCUAAGUAAAUAUAUGACAUGUUUAAUAGCAUGUUUGUAAACCAUGCCAUGAUCAUGGACCCAGCCUCGAGCAACUCGGGACAGAUCCAUUCCCUGACUCCGUCCAGCUAUCUCCACAGGGAACUGCACAUUUUUGAGAGGGAGUAAGGAAAGAAACUUUCCCUUAAGGCAACAAUGGAGUGCCUGCUUGGAGUCCAUUCCAGCCUAAGAGCUGGAGUCACCGUGACUGAGGGGACAGUGGAACGUAGAACCAAGACGUGUACUCUAAACCUGGCUGGGAAGCAGGGCUCCAGACUGUGCAUGGGAUCCUGGACUUGAUGUACCUCAUCACCAGAUCCUAGUGCCCUCACUCCUCACGUACUGGAACUGCACAGACUCUGGCCCACAUCCUCAAAGGUACCUGCGUAUCUAAUGCCCACUGAUUUCAGUGGAAGUUAGGAGCCUAACCUUGAGGACGUGUGCCUCUGUUAAUCCAUACACACCUGGCAAGGGACUAGUAGUGGCAAUUGGUCCUGAGUAUUAGUGUGGUGGCCAACAAGGAUUACUGAGUUACUGUGAAAUAGAUCAUCUCGCUGGAACCUGAUAGGAAACACAGAGACUAAGAUAUCGCAGUGACUCCUACUUGAUCUUUGGCAGUUAAUAAGAAAGUUGGUGCUGGGCACUACUGUAAUUGCUGUGUAUAUUGUGACAACAACCUGUCUUGUGCAGUACUGAUUUGCCAGCACAGGCUUAUUGAAAGGUGGCAACCACAGUUCUGUGUUAUCCUCCACAGACUCUAGGGAACACUGCUGCGUGAAGAAUGGUCAAGCAGGGCGUGAUUGUGAGUUUUCCACAUGGGGCUGUCUAGCCAUUUAUGCUAAGCUGUGGGGCCCACACCCUGGGGUUCUGUGCGGUCCUUCCUUAAGCAAAGCUCUUCCUUGCUUUUCUGUGGGAGUCUGAUUGAGUGAGAACAGAGUGAAAGCCAAGGUGCAGACUGCGUACUGUAGCAGAGCCUGGGGCAGCGUGGCACUAGCAUUGCCAGUGAGGAAUGCUUUGCCUGGAGUCCAUGAGCAUGCAGAUCUAUGCAGCUGCUUCUGCGCCCUUUUAUGGUGUGCAUCUCCCUGCCCUCCCUCCCGACAGCAAGCCAGCUUUGCUCUUCUCUUUCACUGUGCAGCCCCAUGAGAACCAGACACCAUGUGUUUCUUAAGACAGGAUCAUCCGGUUUGGGCCCAUGGAAAGCUUUGACUGGAUACGGAUUUAAGGAAGCCACAAUGAACUGACCGUUGUUUGUGUGUUGGUAUUGUCCUGGAAGGAUGCAGCUGGGCAUUGUGAGCACAUCCAGCCCUGCAGCAGUGUAAUGAAAUACUUGGGCCUGGUUCUCCAGUGUAUCCCUGCAGCUGGGUCUCGCGUAUGCCUGUUACACACAGUCCUUCAGGGGAAGAUUCCUUGUUGGUUUCUUCCCAUCUACGCUUGUGUCUAUUUAUUGAGACUUCACAGAGUUGCUGAUACCUCAUGACAAUCAUUUUAUUUAGGAACCAUUCCACUUGUAUUUUAGAUUUUUGGAGGGGAAGAGAAUUGGGGCUUUAGUCAUUUCUCAUUCUUCACAUCCAUUUAAAAGAAUAUAAGUUUUUUUCCCCCCUCAAGAGUUUAUCUGUUCGUGCUGCUGUUCCCUCACCUGAAUCCUAAUCCAUCACUUCAAGGGCAGGUCUUCAGCUAGUGCAAAUUAUUUUACUUCCACUCUCAUCAAUGAAGUGGUGCCGUUUUAUCCCAGUCCUGUCAAUGACUGCAGAUGACAAACUGAGAAUUAAACAGAUCCUCACCUAGUGGAAAUUGGCCUAGCUCCACAACAGUAAACAGAGCUCAGCCAAUUACAUCAGCUAAGGAGAGGGCUCUGCUUGUGGAGAUGUUCUUAGGCUACAGGCUGCAGUGACAUCCGGCCUGAUUUCUGCAGCCGUUUUGUGUACAGAACAGCUAUUGAUCUCAACAAAUGUUCUGUAUUAGGUUCAAUUACACAGCCCAAAUUCAAGACACAGAGAAAAUAGAUGACAAAUGGUAGAAUCUAUUUCAAUUAGGGCAUUUUCCACAAGUUUUCUGGAUGGCAUCAGUGAUUCUAGGAAGGACCUGCACUAAACUUGAAGCUGUGCUUUACAUGACACUAGUGCACGGAAGUGGAUUUGUCCCUUUUGUUUUAUGGUUGAAUGAAAAGUUUUACCUCUGUUUAUAAUACUGUUGCACUGCUCUGUGACAGAUCGAAAUGGCAUGUUAUUAAUUACAAGACACAUACUCUUGAUUUUCAGAGGGGCAAAGCCCCUGCAGCUCUUGUUGGCAUUGUGAAUGCUUAGCCCCUCUGAAAACCUGCCUAAAACUGAGCAACCAAAGCUGAAGGCACCCAAAAUUGGAGGCCGCUUUGGAAAAUUUGGGUGAGAAUGAUUACCAUUGGCUGCACCUCUGUACUCCCCCCUCGCUCCAUCCCUCCCCUAUUUCAUCCCUCUGCAUUGCAGUUCAGGCUUUACAUGCCACAGUCCUGCCCUAAGCCAGUAGAGUAAUUGAAAACAAAUCCUUUUCAGUGUUAAAUCCGGAUGACUAUUAGACACUGUACUGAUUUUAGUGAGUUACUGUACUUCUUUAAAAAAAAGCAGAAUGUGAAAUAGAGUACAGAAUGCUAAAAAAAAAAAGUGGAAACAAGCUGUGAAUACUUUAAUCUUAAGGGGACAUUAUUUGAAGGAAACAAACGAAGUCAGGGUAAAGGUUUGAUUUAACCAAUAUUGCAUGUUUAAGGGGGAGGAAGAGAGGAGUACCCCAUAAUGUCUAUACGUAUUAGCAGAAUUGCCUUAAAGUUGAACUUUCAACACUGGACUGUGAGCCCUGAUUUAAUUUGAUAUGCAGCAUUGGAGAAUGUUGCUGUUUAAAAGGGGGGAAACAAUGCAUAGCUUUUGGGAACACAGGGUAAGGCUAAGGCAGCUACACACUGAAAUAGUAAUGACAUUCUUAAAGUCAAGUUAGGGCUGUGUCUUAAUAUUUGAUUGUAAUGAAACACAUGGCUAGCCAGGGCAUAACUGCUGGGCUCCUCUGAAGUCUACAAGGUGGAUAUUUGGGGGUCUUCUGUAACAUAGGUGGGAAUUCUGCUUUCAGGAGGCAUGGUAAGCACAUUUUAAUGUGUGUUAUCCAGCACACCACACAGAUCUGGCACAGCUCCCUCUUCCCUUUGAAGUAAUCUAUGCAGAAGUCCUCUGCACGGAGCAGAAAUUGGGUUGAGAUUGGGUGUAUAUAAAUGCUGCUUUUGCGUAUCAGCACAUGCUUGCAACCAUGCAAAAAGGGCCUCAAUUUAACCUGUUAUAAAUCAUUUCAGGUGUAGCAUUGUUGUUGACCAGUGGAAAAUAAAGAUAUUUUCAAAUAUGUAGCUCGCCUAUCAAAAUUAGACCAUGCCAGUUACUUAGAAUUAGGACACUGAAUAAUAACUAGAGAAUUUCUUAAUAAAACAGGCCUAUUUUCUCUGACUAGUUAGGGGCUAAGAAGGGGGUAGGGGACCUCACUCAGUCUUUGCCAGGUCAAAUCACUGAAUCAAUGGAAGUUAUCCUGAGCAAAGACUGAGGAGAAAGUGAGAAAAGAUCCCUAGAACUGGCCAAUUAUUGUAAUAAUUUAUUUUACAGUGUACAAAUAUCACCCAUUACUCAAGGUUACCGUGGGUAGGAAAUAGUAGAUAGCAGCAUAAUAAUAAAACAAGAAAGCUGGUUACUUCCUAAAUAUUUUUUUUGGCCUACUCACCAGAAAAGCAUCCAAACUUUGAGUCUUCUGUACAGACCAAAUUCUGCAUCUUGAAGCCAUUUGUACUGCUAAGUGUUAAGUGCGUAGUAAUUUGCAAGGACGCUUAGCUACUCUGUACUUAUCUAACAUCCCCAUAAUGGGCUUUCUCCCAUCUGGUACAAAUCCACAUAUCCCUUUCCAACAUAAUGAAACUGCACUAAUUUACAACAGCUGUAGUGCUGGCCCUGUGAGUGAAAAAUUCCAAACUUUCCUCCAAAACUGCUCACCAGAAUCGUGUGAAUCCAAGGUUUGUAUGUGCGGACCCAGUCUUUGCAUAUACAAGCUAGGAGGUUGUCUACAGGAUAGUCCCGUGUGCAUUUCCUUUUGUACAUUCGAAUGUGAUGGUGGUGGGGAGAUUGUGCACAUAAAAUGGAAGACAUUUGGAAAUCUGGUUCUGAAAAUUUGAACGUGUGAAAAUUUAACCCCUGGUGCCUUUUCUAAAUAGACAAUGUAACUAGCCGCAAGGGCCCAGUUCCUCAAAGGUAAUGAGGCUCCAAAUGGAAGUUAGUAGCCUCAACAGGUUUUAAGAACUGGGUCUAAAGUUCUAAUCAUGUGACCAUAAUGGAGAAGGCUUAAUAGAUGUAAUGUUUGCAUUUACCAUAGCAGUGACAUGAUAUUUGUGCUCUGUGACAUAAAGGACAGUAUUCAAGAUUAUUAGUCUUCAUACAAGCACUACUUAAAAAGCCAUGCGCUGUUUUAUAGACUAGGCACACCACAUUCUUUGAGAGGCAUUGUUCGGUAUGUGAUUUGAGAGUGACAUCUGAAGCAGCAUUCAUUUUCAUAGCAGAGCAGUGUAUUUACAUCGUUCUUCCUUUAGCACCUGGAGUUUGUUUUACUGGCAGUAACUGCAGUAAGAUCGGGCGUCCCUUUGAGUCUGGGCUGAAAAUGACUCUGUUUACACAUUAUUAACCUUAAAUAAGAUGAAAUGUCUGAAUCCAUGCUUUGCUAACUCUGAAAGCCUACUAGGGACCAACCAUCUAUUUUGGCUUGACAAUGCUUCUUGCAAUAUGAGUCACUGUAUUCAUCUUCCAUAAUUGGCAAGUAUUUAGGGCUUUACCGUUCUCCCUUAAGUCAGUGGUUAACCUCUUUUUUCAAUAGGAUCAGGAGACGGUCCGACUUUUACAGUACAAACUACUAAUCUCAAUUUAUCUAUUCAGUCUAUCAGCAUUAUUCCUCUUUGAAUGGGCCAAUUUUGUUUAGCUGUGUUUUUCCACUCACUCUAAUAAGUAAAGGGCAAACUGUAUAUCAUUUUUUGAAAAGGUAAUCUCUGUUUAUAUUGUUCAGCCAUCCUUGCUACUUUAUUGUCAUCUAAACUCCUUUCCCCUACGUAAAAAUUUACAGUGUUUCAUCGUUACAGGUGCACAUGCCAAGAAAAAUUAUUUAGUUUUAUCAAACACAGUUCCAUUGUCCAUUUAUGGAGUUUGUACCUUUAAGAAAAAUUUAAUUAUAAGUUUGAAUGAUGACUGUUGGCUUUUCUUAGGCUUGAUCAUAGAGUGGUUUACUGUGCAUCAAUCUCAUAGAACUUAAUAUGACUUUAGCAUCUGGAAGGAUGUCAGAUCUAUCCUUAAAAAGCAUUUAGGGUGUGUUAGCUCUGGUUUUGUCCAUAUCUUUGCUGCACUGUUUAAGGUUCUAGGAGGAAAUAGUUGAAAGUUUUUAUUACUGCAAAUUGUAUCCCAGGAUCCUGCAUGCUUAUUCAUACUUGCAUGGAAUCCUACUGACUUCUGAUGGACUUCAUGUGAGCAUAAGGGCCCACCUAUGGCUCAGAAUAGGGAGAGGUGUGCACUAUAACACUCAGAAAAUGCAGAUCAGGGAGCAAAUUGAUCUCAGUUAUAACUCCAUGGAUUACAGUGGAAACUGACACCAGGUCUGAAUUUGUCCCUGUAACUGCAAAAUAUGCCAUGAAGAGUCAGAUCUUGCAUCCUGAGACAGCACAAACUCACACUGGUCUAGCUUGGGGGUUCAGAUGCACAAGGAAUGGAGGCCUAAAUUUUCUCCAAGGUAAAUCAUGAAUUUGGAGUUGUCUUGAUUUUUGGAUGCCCCAUUUUAAGACACCUGUAGGGCUUCAUUUUGAGUGGACCAGCAUUCAGCACUUUUGAAAAUCAAGCUGCGUUGAAGUGUCUUAUGUUGGUCACCCCCAAAAUUGAGGUGCUGCACAAUCACAAGUCACUUUUGAAUAUUUCAGCUGCAGGGUCUGAUCCUUAACAACCAGUUUUUUUACCCAUUCUCAUGCAGCUAAGUGAGGCAAAACAGUGGAAGUAGGAACUAAUUUUCAUUCUUAAGAACUUGCUAAAAUGUAAGAUGACAUAACCAACUGCAUUUUGUUUUCUAGUUUAGGGCAUAUAAUUAUUACUAGUAUUUGUGCCUUGCUCACUGAAAUCUUCUCCAUGCUACAAAAAUGCUUUUCAGAUUCUGGCUGACAAGGGAACACAACUUUUAUACAAGUGGCCUUUAGUGCUCUUUCUAAUAUUAUUUAUUGUACUUUUUAAACGGUAUGUGUAAUUUAUAUUCUGGCACUGUCUGAUAUUUGAACCACUUUAAUAUGUUUAUUUCAAUAUAUUAUGCAAACAAUACUUCUUACCUGAUUUUUUAUGUUCUGUCUUUCAAAACUCACACCACUUAUUAAUAAAUAGAAAUUUCCAUUAUCACGUGGAGGAA